AUGUGGAAAUCUUUGCUCUCGAGAGCAUUACCAAGGGUUUCCUGCAAGGCAAAAUUCAUCCGCAACGCAUCCCCUAUAAUAUGCACCAGGAAUCUAGCUACCUCAUAUGACCCAAUACAAAAGGAUCCAGCUGAACUCGAUGAGGUAUCUACUUUAGCCAAUGGUAUACGUGUUGCUACGGAAGCCCUGCCAGGACAUUUCUCUGGUAUCGGGGUAUUCAUAGAUGCAGGAUCUCGGUAUGAAAAUGAGCACUUGAGGGGCGUUAGUCAUAUCAUGGAUCGUUUGGCCUUUAAAUCUACGAAAAAUCGGACCAGUGACCAAAUGCUCGAAGCCAUUGAGUCGCUUGGAGGCAAUAUUAAUUGUGCUUCGUCUAGAGAAUCUUUAAUGUACCAAUCUGCAACCUUUAAUUCAGCAGUCCCUACCGCCGUAGCGCUCCUCGCCGAAACUAUUCGCGAUCCAUUGAUAACUGAAGAAGAGGUUCAAGAGCAACUCGAAACUGCUGCAUAUGAGAUAAAAGAAAUAUGGUCAAAACCAGAAUUGAUCUUACCAGAGGUUGUACACAUGGCAGCUUACAAGGAUAAUACUCUCGGAAAUCCUCUAUUAUGCCCAAAAGAGCGCUUUUCGGAAAUAGAUAAGAAGACGGUCAACGACUACCGAAGUGCCCUAAUCCGUCCUGAUCGGAUUGUUCUCGCAUUUGCUGGUGUACCGCAUGAAGAGGCCCUAAAGCUUGCUGAUCAGUACUUUGCAGACAUGCCAACCCUAGAUAGUACAAACAAAAAUAAACUAUUAGAAACAACCGAGGAAUCCUCGCAAGAUACGAUAUCGGAAAUUACAACUACGUCGCCAAAUUUAAUGGAAUCAUCUACCUCAAGAAAACCAUUAAAGUUCCUUUCUCGACUACCGUUUCUUAGCGGUUUAUCCUCUGCGGAAGGUUUCGCUCCCAAAGAUCCAUCAUUACCAGAGGAAUGUUUUGGGCCUUCUCAUUAUACUGGAGGGUUCCUCUCGCUGCCAAACCUACCGCGACCAGUCAAUGCCACACGUCCAUCGCUUACUCAUAUCCAUUUAGCGUUUGAAUCACUAUCUAUAUCUUCAGAUGACAUAUACGCUCUUGCUACUCUCCAGAUUCUUCUUGGAGGCGGUGGCUCCUUCUCGGCUGGUGGCCCCGGUAAGGGCAUGUACUCUAGAUUAUACACAAAUGUCUUGAACCAACACGGCUGGGUUGAAUCAUGUGCCGCAUUCAAUCAUUCAUACAUAGAUUCAGGUCUCUUCGGAAUCGCCGCAAGCUGUUCACCUUCUCACGUUGCCUUAAUGCUCAAUGUCAUGUGUCGUGAGCUGCAAGCCCUCACGCUUGAUACAGGUUAUCAGUCAUUACAGGCUGUCGAAGUAAACAGGGCCAAGAAUCAGCUAAGGUCAAGCCUUCUCAUGAACUUGGAAAGUAGAAUGGUCGAGCUCGAAGACUUGGGGCGACAGAUUCAAGUACAUGGAAAAAAAAUUGGUGUGAGGGAGAUGUGCAGUAAAAUUGAAAAAUUAACUAUAGACGAUCUUCGUAGAGUCGCCAAGAUAGUUGUUGGCGGAAUGGUUGAUAACCCUGGUAUGGGUAGCGGUGCACCAACUGUUGUCCUGCAAGAGUGUGACGAAGAGGGGCCCACGCGCCAAGCUUUUAAGUGGGAACAGAUACAGGAUUGCAUAGCGAGCUGGAAACUGGGGAAAUAUUAA